UCGACUGGGACUCGGUCAGAGAGUCACCGUCCAGCGUCUCUGCUGAUUCACACUCUCCGUCUCUCAGUGCAGCUACACACAUUCAUCCACACAGCUCUUAUUAGUCUAUGACACUGAGUCAUGGACGUGAUGGUGGUUCAAGGUUUAUAACCAAAUGUGAAAGAAUUAAGUUGAAAAGUUAAUUUAAAUGUUUGUAUGUGAUUAUUUGUAGUUUUACUGAAAAGGUUUGAGUCCCUCCUCCAGCACUGGGAUUGGGAGUUGGACCUUGACGAUGCAACGUGCAGGUGAUUAGGACGACAAGGAAGAGCUGUGAGGGGGGGGUGUGGUCAACCUGAUAGAGAGAGGGAGACACAUCAGGAAAGACAUGAGAGAGGACACACAGGCGCUGGGGACGGUCAGACAGAAACAGGGCUAGUGUGUCUUUAGUGGACAUGUGUCCCUCUGUGGAUCAGUCUCUACUCUGCAGCCUGCAGAGGACAACAUGAACACUGAGGACGAGGACGCCCUGGAGUGUUGUCUUCAUAUCUCUGCAGCUGUGUGGAUCCCAGGGAGGACAACUGCUCUGGACACAGGGAGCACUCCGAGGCUCACACCUGAUCACUAGACCAGCAUGUCAUCCAACUCCACCGCCGACAAUCUGUGUGCGCCGGACGACCACCUCUGUAUAACCAGGGAGUACAUGCAGGCCGUGAUCAUCGUGCCCACGCUGCUCCUCUUUGGAACCCUCGUCACUUUACUGUACUUGUUCCUUCGGAGGUUCUGUCCUGAAAAGAAGAGCUCUGGAGUGACGGCCCCUGGAAGCUACAGCUCGGCCCGCAGACACACACAGAGGCACAGCCACAGAAGUCACCUACAAGGCAUCGAUGCUCCUCCUGGAAUCAACCCACUAGAACACGAGGAGCUGCCGAUGUCAGUGCAAGUGCAGCAGAAUGUCCGGCCUGCACUUCCACAGACGUCCACCGAGAGGCGCCACAACGCCUUCAGCCAGGUCACCGCCCUGCCGCUGUCCUUCUCCAUCAAACCCAACGACACCGUCAAUCUUUACCGAGCCCGCAUGGCCAACAAGGACGUGGUCCUCAGAGUGCUGAAAGAAAGCACGAGCGGCAGCGAGGAGCAGAACUUCCUGGACUUCGCCUCCUUUGUCUCGGGACUGGGUCGCCACCCGUAUCUACCUGAGCUGCUGGGUGUAGUUUCAGUGCAGGCCCCCAUGAUGAUGGUGAUGGAGGAGCUGCAGCACAGAGAGCUGCUCGGCUUCCUGUGGAGAAGUAGACAGAACAACGCAGGUUCAGAGUCUCCCUGGGACAUGACGGAGAAGAGGAUCCACGUCAUGGCAGGACAAGUGGCCUCCGCUCUGGAGUACCUGCACAGUAAAGGCUGCAUCCAUGGGAACGUGGGGGCACGCAGCGUUCUGAUUGGUGGAGAUCUGACGGCGAAGCUGUGGGGUUUGGGCUCCGCCUACCGACGGAGGCCGCAGCCCAGCUCGCUCGGGGAGUUUCAGGACAUGGAGAUGAAGAAGUGGCAGGCGCCUGAAGUGCUGGCCAGAGGAGUCUUCAGUCCCAGUAGCGAUGUAUGGUCUUUUGGUAUCCUGCUCUAUGAGAUGGUCACUUUGGGUGACCCACCGUUCGCUCAGAUCCCGACGACUGAACUUCUGCAGCAUCUGCAAAGAGGAAAACAUCUGAAGCGCCCGGCGACAUGUUCCAGCUCCCUAUUCUCCCUCAUCACUUCCUGUUGUCACUGGAACCUCAAACACCGUCUCUCCAUCCCGGAAGUGAUUAACAAACUUCAGGCGGGAGAGAAAUCAGCCAAUGGGAGGACAGUCCUCAGGGCGCCUGCGCCAAUCGACAUCGAGAGAUACCUGAGGGAGGCGGGAUAUGGAGAGGCCUACAACUAUGCUGUGCUCUGAUUGGCUGAGGGGGUCAUCGGCUAGCACGAUGAUUGGAUGUUCACUCGCACCUGAAAAUCUGCUGCAAGGGCUAAUGAUGAAUGAAGAACUUCAUUAGAAAAUAUUGUAAAUAUUGUUGAAGAAACUUGUUUUAGAUAUUGUUUGUAAAACUUAUUGUAAAUAAUGUUGGUGAGACUUAUUUUUGUUUUGCACUUGUUUGUUGGAAUAUGAAGCACUCUCACUUUUUAUAUUUAAUAUAUUGAAAAUAAACUUGAAGUCAA